AUGUCAGCUGACGGCCACCAGCUCCACACUCAUUCCUACCACAAUGCACUAAGUUCUACUUGUCACGGUCUCUUGAAUGUCAACAGUCACCCCCUGUCAAAGAGCUCCUCAAGUCUGGCCUGUACUGGGCAAUCAAGUUUAGAGGAAAGGCAAAGCAACAAACAGGAGCUGAAGAAAAGCCACAGUAGCACCAUCUGCCAUACCCUGGAAAACGAGAGUGACGCCAGGAGUGUGCCGAGUCCUGGAUGGUCCUCGCAGCAUGGGGUGAUGGGACUUGGAUCAGUGGUCCAAACCAUAAGCGAUCAGUCAGACGAUGACAAUUCACAGAGCAGAACUAAGACUACAAACCAUUGUCUUAUCACUGAACAGUCCCCAGCAUCUUGGGAAAUGGGGGACACUAAGAUGUGUGUAAAGAGCAGCACUGUUGAGAAUGUUUCUUCAGCCUGCAUUGUAUACCAGCAAAGCGUGUGUGAAACUGCCCUUCAGAGAAGCCACUCAGACCUAACUUGCAGUUGCAAACAGCAGGCUUACGUCGCUCACAUAGAAACCAGUCCUACUCACUCCGGCCUAAGCUCUUCUAGCUGCAGGCAUGGUCCGCCAGUGGCUAGGAUGUCUUUCCAAACACAGAGAUAUGGAUCAGAAACAAAUGCAAAUGCAUCUCACUGUCAAAACCUUGUGACUCAUCUUCCAGUUCUACCUAGAGACCAAAAAGUACCCACAAAUAGCUUCGACAGUGGUGGUAUUCCACGUAAUACUACUGUUUACACAGAUCCUGGAACAUUUCACACUGCUGUUCUAGGACCCCACAUGCCUGGAAAUGGUUUCUCAAACAGGACAAUGUUCAGUCAAGCCACUGGGAUUAUGCAUGGUGGUCUGGCUUAUGGUAGUAUUCCAAACUCUGCAUACUCCCCCAUGGUGAUGACAGUUCAUAACAAUUCUGCAGGGCCCUGUAAUAUAAGGCAGGACGCUUGUAUGAAAGUGGAUGCUACUGUCCCCGCCUAUUGCCAUUCUUUGCCCAUACCAUCUAUACAACUUGUUCCGCGGUUGGUAUGUUUUUUGGCAACACCUGGCUAUUUUCAUUCCUUUUCUACUUCAGACAUUCUGACAUAUCCUAAGCUGGUAUCUUCAGUAAGUGAAUCAGGCAUGGAUGCCAAGAGAGUCCUGAAGUGCUGUAGCAUUCCGGGAGAACAACUGCAACAUACUCACCACUGUGCUCAGCAAGAGAAAGCUCCUCCAGAAACAAAGGCUGCCUGUGUUGCCUUUAGCAGCCAGCAAGGUGCAGACAUGGUAAUGACAACUAAGGAUAUGUGGACUAUGACCUCUAUGAAUGAUUUAACUAAAGGACUGAAACCAGCUCUUGAGCGUAGAGAUGCCGAGGUACAAACUCUUCCAACCAUGGAAUGCAAAUCUGUGGCAACAAGCCCAGCAGCUGCAGCAGAAGGCCACCCACAUGUGUUCCCGGAGGUGAACCUGGAGCAAGACUUGGAGGCACCGAAAUCUCCAGUACGUGAAGUGAGAUGGGAUGACGAAGGAAUGACAUGGGAAGUGUAUGGGGCAUCUGUGGACCCAGAAGUCCUUGGGUUAGCCAUUCAAAAACAUCUGGAAAUUCAAAUAGAACAAUUCCAGACAGAGCCUGCUCAGCUGGCUGGGAAAAGUAAUGAGGAGCCAUCUUCUGAUAAAAUGGGGAAAAAAAGGCCAUUCAGAACAAUGAUGCAUUCUCUGAGAUAUCCGAGCUGCUGUACUCGUUCCAGUACUGCAGUGGAGUGA